AUGUUUUGGCGGUGGGCAAGGUUUCGUUUACGAAAGUAUUUUAAACCAAUACCGGCUGCUUAUGCUCAACAAAGAAAGCAUCAAUUAACAAAAAUUUAUGCCUUUGCUGCUUGGAAUCUAUUCGGGUUGACUGUUUAUUCUUUUAUUAGAAAAAACUAUCCUCCGACAGAAGAGGAAGAAAAAGAUACAAGUCGUUGGUUUAUUAGAUUAUUACAAUUAGAAAAUGUAAAACGACAUAGCAUGUCUGGAUUCUCGGUGCAGAUGGUGGAUUAUAUUAAAGAACCUGGAGAGUUAAUUGUAGAUGGACAGGUAGUAGUUAAAAAGAAAGAAUUAAACGAGGCAAUUUAUUCUAAGCUUGAAUAA